AUGGAACUCUCCGCCAUCUAUGGGCUGGACGUGAUUUUGAGUGUAACUCUGGCCUGUUUUUUGUUGAUUUUCUCAGUGGCCGACCAGGCCUUUGUCACGCUAGCCACCAAUGAUAUCUACUGCCAAGGGGCCCUGGUGUUGGGCCAGUCUCUGAGGAGCCACAGGCUGACCAGGAAGCUGGUGGUGCUCAUCACACCUCAGGUGUCCAUUGUCCUCAGGGCCAUCCUCUCGAAGGUGUUUGACGAGGUGAUCGAAGUGAAUCUCCUGGACAGUGAGGACUACGUGCACCUGGCCUUUCUGAAGCGACCGGAGCUUGGGGUCACCCUCACCAAGCUGCACUGUUGGACCCUAACCCAUUACAGCAAGUGUGUCUUUCUGGACGCAGACACUCUGGUUCUGUCCAAUAUUGAUGAACUGUUUGACCGGGGAGAGUUUUCCGCAGCCUCGGAUCCCGGCUGGCCAGAUUGCUUCAACACCGGUGUCUUUGUGUUCAGACCCUCUCGGGGGACUCACAGGCGUCUGCUGCAACACGCGGCUGACCACGGCAGCUUCGACGGGGCCGAUCAAGGUUUAUUGAAUAGUUUCUUCAGUAACUGGUCGACAGCAGACAUCCACAAGCACUUACCGUUUAUCUAUAACCUGAGCAGUAACACUGCGUACACGUACGGCCCUGCCUUCAAACAGUUUGGGUCUAGUGCAAAGGUCGUCCACUUUCUGGGGGCCACCAAACCUUGGAACUACAAGUAUAAUCCACAGACCGGCUCGGUUCUGGAGCAGGGCUCAGCAUCAGGCAGCCUGCACCAGGCUUCUUUCCUGAAUCUCUGGUGGACGAUCUAUCAGGACAGAGUUCUGCCUCUUUACGAGGGUAUAAAAGUCGCAGAAACUCACUUGUCUCCGGGACACACGGUUUGCCAAAGUGGUGUUGGAGUGCAGUGUGCAAAUUCACCACCCAGUGCUGGAGGGCCGUGUGCAAAUUCACCAGCCAAUACUGAGGGGCCGUGUGCAAAUACAGUGCCAGGGUCUGACCAGCAAUGCCCUGCUCAGGGCUCUCUGGAGUUGACCUCCAAUGUGGAUGAGAACCAGCCCUUUCCUGAAGGAUGCCAAUUGGAGGAUACGAUAGUUUGCCCAGAGGUUGAGACUUCUCCCGGAAUAGCGUCCCUGCCCUCCCCUCAAUUUGCAGACUUCACAGAGACUCACACCGCCUUGCGGCCAGUGGAAACUGGCCCAUCCGAGGGAACCUUGCAACCAAGCCAGGAACCGCCUGCUGAACUCAUCAGGGACCCGGGGCCUCAGGAAGCUCUACAGGUCGACCUGGCCGUCUCGGUUUCCGAGAUUUCCAUCCAAGAGAAGGUGAGAGAACUGAGUCCCGAGGAAGAGAGGAGGAAGUGGGAAGAAGGGCACAUUGACUACCUGGGGAAGGACGCCUUUGCCCGCAUUCAGGAGAAGCUGGACCGGUUCCUGCAGUGACCCGGGCAGCCGUCCUUCUCGUGCGUGGUGUGCGGUCAUGCCGUAUUCUGUCGUGCUGCAGUCCUGUCCAGUGGGAGUGCCCUCUGAGCCUUUCAAAGCAAAAUACUAUUAAACCAUGUGCCUGCAUUUAUCGGUAACCAA